AUGAAGAGAUCUUUCCUUCUCUUGUAUGUGCUCCUGUUACAGGCAUUCUAUGGUGCUUGGUGUAGUGUUGGAGGAGGAAGCCUGCAUUGUGAAUAUACCAAUUUAGCGAGUCUUCAUCGGCCUCACAGUGUAUCGAUUACAGAGUUUGGAGCGGUUGGAGAUGGUGUGACUCUAAACACUAAAGCCUUUCAAAAUGCUUUGUUCUACCUCAAUUCUUUCUCUGAUAAAGGCGGUGCCAAGCUUUUUGUUCCCGCUGGUCAGUGGCUAACCGGGAGUUUCGACCUUAUCAGUCACCUAACCUUAUGGCUAGAUAAAGGUGCAACGAUUCUUGGGUCAACGAGCUCGGAGAAUUGGRCCGUGGUUGAUCCAUUACCAUCCUAUGGACGAGGAAGAGAAUUGCCCGGUAGAAGGCAUAGGAGUCUUAUAUAUGGUCAGAAUCUCACAGAUGUCGUCAUAACAGGCGAGAACGGGACAAUUGAUGGUCAAGGAAGUAUAUGGUGGGAUUGGUUUAGAAGUGGAGGGCUAAACUAUACAAGACCUCAUCUUGUUGAGCUCAUGAACUCUACUGGUCUAAUCAUCUCCAACCUCACAUUCUUGAAUUCGCCGUUUUGGAACAUUCAUCCUGUUUAUUGCAGAGAUGUUGUUGUAAAGAAUCUCACAAUUUUGGCCCCUCUUCAUUCUCCAAAUACAGACGGAGUUGAUCCAGACUCAUCAACUAAUGUUUGCAUAGAGGAUUGUUACAUAGUUACCGGAGAUGAUUUGGUAUCGAUAAAAAGCGGAUGGGAUGAGUACGGAAUAUCCUACGCAAGACCGAGCUCUAAGAUCAAGAUCAUUCGGUUAACGGGCCAAACUACUUCCAGCUCGGGAAUCUCAAUCGGAAGCGAAAUGUCAGGAGGUGUAUCCGAAGUCUAUAUCAAAGACUUACAUUUAUUCAAUUCAAGUACCGGAAUCAGAAUCAAGACUUCACCAGGAAGAGGCGGGUAUGUAAGAAAUGUUCAUAUAUCAAACGUGAAGCUCGAUAAUGUUCGGAAAGCGAUUAGAUUGCAAGGUAAGUACGGUGAACAUCCGGAUGAAAAAUUCGAUCCUAAAGCACUUCCAACUAUCGAGAAAAUCACGAUUGAGAAUGUUAAUGGCGAAGGAAUCGAAGUUGCGGGUCUUCUUGAAGGUAUAGAAGGAGAUGAGUUUAAGAAUAUAUGUUUCCUUAAUGUUAAUCUCACAGUGAAGAAGAAAACUCCAUGGAAAUGCUCAAAUGUUAGAGGCUAUUCACAGUGGGUUUCGCCGGAAAUUACUUGUGAUUCUUUUAAAGAAAGUAUCUUCCCGGAGCAUAGCUCUGAUUGUUUUGGAUUAUCAGAGUAUAAUCGGGAGGAAUCAAGAGGUUUAAGUAGAUCACCAUGGUUACUUUCUUGGUAA